AUGGAACACAAAUGUGCUCUCGUUUCGAUCAGUUCUAGCUGGACCGCUGGCAGGCUCGAUGUUUGUUACAGUCAGCAACCAGCACAAGAACCAGGCCAAGCAGAUACCAAGGAGGAAAGUGAUAAACGAACUUAUUUAGUUGUUGGAUUCGCUGAGGCAGCCGGUUCGGCGAACGGAUCCGUUUUGUUGGUUUCAGAGACGAUUGGAGCAACCAUGUUGACGAAUUCGUCAAGAUCGAUCUGA